CAAAAACACUUCCAAGUAACUUUAAAGAGUUUCAGAAAAAAUGACGAUGGUGGGAGAAAUGUGGUCUCAUUUAGGCUCUACAAUGGGAACUUUGAUGCUUGUUUAUACCCUUUUUAAACAGUUCUUCCCUCACCAUCUUCAAGACUCUUUUGAAAAGUAUUUCAAUAGAAUUGUGAGAUUUGCAUACCCUUAUGUCGAAAUUACUUUUGAUGAGUUCACUGGCGAACGCAUGAAGCGCAGCGAAGCCUAUUCCAGAAUCAAAAGUUACCUCAGCGACAAGUCAACGGCAUCGGCCAAGCGUCUCAAGGCCGAUGUUGUGAAAGAUAGCCAAUCCGCAGUCCUUAGCAUGGAUUAUAACGAAGAAAUUACUGAUGAAUUUCAAGGCGUUAAAGUUUGGUGGUCUGCUAACAGAAUUCUUCCAACUACACAACGGAUUUCAUGGUAUCCUAAUGAUGAUGAAAAGAAAUAUUACAGGCUUACAGUCCAUAAACGCCAUAGAGAAUUGAUCACUCAAUCUUAUAUUAGCCAUGUUAUGAUGGAAGGCAAGGAAAUCGCGACGAAAAAACGGCAACGGAAACUUUAUUCGAACAAUCCGAGCCAGAACUGGUACGGAUACCGAAGGAGCAAGUGGAGCAACGUCCUGUUCGAACAUCCUGCGACGUUUGAUACAUUGGCAAUGGAUGCGAAACUGAAAGAGGAAAUCAAGAACGAUUUGAUCAAGUUCAGCAAAGGGAAAGAUUACUAUGCCAGAAUUGGAAAAGCUUGGAAACGUGGAUAUCUCCUUUAUGGUCCUCCGGGGACUGGGAAAUCAUCGAUGAUUGCGGCAAUGGCAAACCUAUUGGACUACGAUGUUUAUGAUCUCGAACUCACUGCAGUUAAGGAAAACACGGAGUUGAGAAGGCUUUUGCUUGAUACGUCAAGCAAGUCGAUUAUCGUGAUCGAGGAUAUUGAUUGCUCUAUCGAUCUCACAGGCCAAAGGGAGAAGAAGACGGAGAAAGAUGGAAACGAAGACGAGCCCUCGGAUCCGGUCACCAAAAGGGUGAAAGAAGAAGAGAAAAUGGAGAGUAAGGUUACAUUAUCGGGGCUUUUGAAUUGUAUAGAUGGACUUUGGUCGUCUUGUGGGGGUGAAAGAAUCAUUGUUUUUACAACAAACUAUGUUGAGAAGCUUGAUCCGGCAUUGAUAAGGAGGGGAAGAAUGGAUAAACACAUUGAACUGUCUUAUUGUUGCUUUGAUGCAUUCAAGGUGUUUGCGAAGAAUUAUUUGGAGAUUGAUUCUCAUUCAUUGUUCGGAGAAAUCGAAUCAUUGUUGGGGGAAACGAAUAUGACGCCAGCUGAUGUUGCGGAGAAUUUGAUGCCGAAAUCAGAUUUUGACGAUGUGGAAACUUGUUUGAAGAGAUUGGUAGAAGCUCUUAAAGAUGCUAAGGAGGAAGCAAAGAAGAAGGCUGAGGAUGAAGCUCGUCUAAAGGCGGAGAAAGAAGAAGAAAAACAGAAGCAAAAAUCUGUGAAAGAAGAAAAGGAACAAUCUGGUAAAGAUGACAAAGAAGUGAAAGAAAAUGGUGUGGCACUGGAGGCUGCAGAAGUGAAAGAAAAUGGUGUUGCCCAUUAAUAUAUGAUUUAAUCACUGUUCAUAUAGUGUUUAGUUGGUGGUGUCUCUAUUUACUAUGUUGGGUAAGGAUUUAUGUGUUACAUUAGGACUAUGUUUAAAAAUAUGAAUCCGAAUCCUUGUACUGAUGUAUUGCGUAUUGAAUUUGAUUGUAAAAAUGUAAUGGGUUGAAUUUGAUUGUAAAAUUAAAUGCAUGGGGUAUUCAAUUUGAUCCUACAA